UGCGGGCGGCUCGGCACCGCUCGGCUGCGGGCGGCUCGGCACCGCUCGGCACCGCUCGGCUGCGGGCGGCUCCCGCUGCUGCAGCCGCUGCGGGGCCACUCGUGCUCGGAGUACCUGCGACACAACUGGGCUAUUCUUUAACUGUGCGAGAAGUAUUCCCUUCACGCAAGCUCCCUGCUGGCUUUCUGCAUCCGUAAUUUCUCGGAGCCGUUCUUCCCCUCCUUCUUCUUUUUCCCUUUCUCCCCCUUUUUUUCCUUCUUCUAUUUUUUUUUCUUUUCCCGCUCGUUGUUCGCCCCCCUCCCAAUGUGUGCUGCCUCAAUAGCCCUCAUUAUGCUGUGCUCAGUGGCCCGGUGUGUUCCCCGCCUCUGCUAGGCAGUGGCAGCAUGGAUGGUGCUCUUGUGACGACCUCUGCUGAUGCUAUCAGUCCACUGCGGAUAGGCAUGCUGAGUAAUCCUGCUGUAAAUGGGCGAGGACACGGACACACGGAAAAUUAACCACAGCUUUCUGCGAGACCACAACUAUGUGACUGAAGGACAGGUAUAGCAAGGGCAGCAGCAAUGCAAGCUUCCCCACACUGUCCUGCCAAUGCUCCUCAGCCCAGUUCUGAAGAAGUCACUUCUGGAGAUAUCACUUGCUGGCUGCAGAGUGGGUGGAUUCAUCUUCCUUCUGGAGCCUGAGCAAAUCACUCGAGGAAGAUCUUGCUUUCUGCUGCAUCCCAAAGACAAUAUGGAAGGGGAGAGCAUCUGUGAAGUUGAUUCUGGAGAUGGACUGGGAGCUGAUAUUAUUUCUACAGUUGAGUUCAACCACACUGGAGAACUGCUGGCUACUGGUGACAAGGGGGGCCGAGUGGUUAUAUUCCAAAGGGAGCCUGAGAGUAAAAAUGAGCCUUACAAUCAGGGGGAGUACAAUGUUUACAGCACUUUCCAGAGCCAUGAACCUGAAUUUGAUUAUUUGAAGAGUUUGGAGAUAGAGGAAAAAAUAAACAAGAUCAAGUGGUUACCACAGCAAAAUGCAGCUCAUUCACUUCUAUCAACAAACGAUAAAACAAUCAAAUUGUGGAAAAUUACUGAAAGAGAUAAGAGACCGGAGGGGUACAACUUAAAAGAUGAAGAAGGAAAGCUUAAAGAUCUUUCUACAGUAACAUCACUGCAGGUGCCUGUAUUGAAACCCAUGGAUUUGAUGGUAGAAGUCACUCCCAGGAGAAUCUUUGCUAAUGGUCACACCUAUCAUGUCAACUCAAUAUCUGUCAACAGUGACUGUGAGACGUACAUGUCAGCGGAUGAUCUCAGGAUUAACCUCUGGCAUUUAGCCAUCACAGACAGGAGCUUCAACAUUGUAGAUAUAAAGCCAGCCAAUAUGGAGGACCUGACAGAAGUGAUUACAGCCUCUGAGUUCCAUCCCCACCACUGCAACCUCUUUGUCUACAGCAGCAGCAAAGGAUCCCUGAGACUCUGCGACAUGAGGGCAUCAGCCCUCUGUGACAAACAUUCCAAGCUUUAUGAAGAACCAGAAGACCCCAGUAACAGAUCAUUUUUUUCAGAAAUUAUCUCUUCAGUGUCAGAUGUCAAAUUCAGUCACAGUGGUAGAUACAUGCUUACAAGAGAUUACCUCACUGUCAAGGUUUGGGAUCUGAACAUGGAAACAAAGCCUGUAGAAACAUACCAGGUCCAUGAUUACCUUAGAAGCAAGUUAUGUUCCCUCUAUGAAAACGACUGCAUCUUUGACAAGUUUGAAUGUGCAUGGAAUGGAUCAGACAGUGUGAUAAUGACAGGUGCAUACAACAACUUCUUCCGAAUGUUUGACCGCAACACCAAGCGGGACGUGACCCUGGAGGCCUCCCGGGAGAGCAGCAAACCACGAGCCAUCCUCAAGCCCCGCAGAGUCUGCGUGGGAGGCAAGAGGAGGAAAGAUGACAUCAGUGUUGACAGUUUGGACUUUACUAAGAAGAUCUUGCACACAGCAUGGCACCCAACCGAGAACAUCAUUGCUAUAGCAGCGACAAACAAUCUGUACAUAUUUCAGGAUAAAGUGAACUCAGAAAUGCACUAGAUUUAUCAAUAUCCCUCUAUAUUUACAAACCAGCCUCUUGAGAGUUGUAGAAGGAUGUGAUCUUCACAAAAAUUGUGGCUUCUGUGGUGGGAUUUGUAGGUUGCAUCCUUUCAUCCCUCAGCCUGUAUCAUUAUUGGUGGCAAGCCAAUUCUUUUCCAUCACUGCAACUGUAUGAGUAAAAGGCACGAGUGCAAAUCCA